CGAGAUUUUGUGAUUAGCUUGGCUGUCGCUUGUGGUCAAACUUUGCAGGCAUGAAGGCGAUUGUUGUAAUUUUCAGCUUUGCUGCUGUAUUUUGUUUGUUAGAAGUCGCCACAAGUAUAAGAUGUUACGAGUGUAACUCCUAUUACCAGCAGGAUUGCUCUGAUCACUUUGAUAAUCAGACAAUCAACAUGGUGGACUGCUCAGCAAAGAUAGCCAAUGCAUCCAGGUGCCGCAAACAAAUCCAAGAAAUGUGGAUUGAAGACCACUGGGACAUAAGAUAUAUUCGUCAGUGUGCUUCUAUUGGCGAUAUUGGAGACUAUGAAGGAAGACAGUGCAAAGAACGAGCUGGCACUUACAAAGUGAAAGUCCGCUACUGCCAUUGUGACAAUCAAGAUGGCUGCAACACGGCAUCAGCACUCUCAUCUCUCUUGGGAUUUUCCCUGCCUAUAGCUGUAUUUUUCCUUCUUAAAUUACUUCGGUAACUGUCAUACGUCAUUUAGACUUAAAAUAUAUAUCACAAAUCCAUCAGAGUAUGGAAGUUCACAUCUUUAGCAUUUGGGGCCCUUUCCAUACAAAUGAAUAUUCUGUUCAAAGUGGUUUAACAAUGAGAUCGACAGCCACAUUUAUUUUAUUGAGAUGCUACAGAUGUGAACUUCUCACUGAUUGCCUUAAACUUUAACCGUCAGCACUUUCACUAUGCAAAAAAAAAAAGCUUUUGUUUAUAUUCAGGAAAGUACAUAGCAUGACUUGAUCCAUUCUAAUAAAUCUAAUGGAAAAUGACAUUGAGUGAAAACCUGAAUAUUCGUAACAAUGGUCAUUGAUCAGUGCAAGAUCAAUAUUUGAGUCGGAUUUCAUGAUCAGUUAUGUGGUGGUCUUUAUCAUAAAAUUCUCUGAAGAAAAGGGGCUGUUUAUGCUCAAAUAGAAAUUUCAUAAUUCAGCUUAAUAUUAAGAAAACGUUUAAUUAUUAAAAUGACAAUGAAUAAAGUAACAAUAAAUGAAUAAAAUCAACUAAAGAUCUGUGCAAGUUGAUAAUCAGAAUAAUGGACAUAUUAAUUGGAUUGUAAUGCCAAAAAAGGUAAUUCACUGCAGUAGAAAGACAUUGAGAAAAAUACUCCCCGUUUGUUAUUUCAUUUGUAUGAUAAUGUUACGACUGAAUAUACUGGCCAAGUGAAUGUGACAUGUACUUUUGCAGUGAAAUGUUGGCCUUUUGUGCACUUUGCUCUUUAUUCCUUUAACAUUUCCUGUAUUGUUCAUUCCGUACAUAGAUUUUUUGAGUGAAAUGCCACAACCAGUGAAUGUUCAUAUGUUUGCCUUAGUUUUUUUAAGAGUGUAUAUUGUAAUGACUGCAUUCCAUCACUGUUGAUUCUUUACAAUCACAGUUAAACGUUUGUUAUCUCACCUUCAUGCAUUCCCCCCACAGUUAAUUUCCAGUAAAAUAAUUGCUCCAAUUUACAGGUCCUAUUUUCAUCAUGAAACAUAUUUUGCUCAAUUUUUUGACAUGUCCUGUGUGAACCAGUGACCGCCAUUCCUACGGGACAAAAGCCUGUAGGUUGUGAAAUACAUGUAAUGCCUUUUUUGUGUUAAAGAGUGUUCGAACAGGUAUCUCAAGAAGCGAUAUCUAUUAAAAUUCAGUUUUGUUAGAGAAUGUCAAUCACUCUGUAUUGAGAUACACCCAUGUGAUCACUUAGUUUUGUUAGUGGUUUGAAAAGGGUGUUUAGAUAUGCUGUGUUAAGGUCAUACAAGAAAUCACAAAAUGUGGGUGCUGACAUCAAUAAAGGUGAGUUAGGUUAAAAAAAUUUAAACAUGUAUAAGUUAAAAAAAGAAAAGAAAACAUAAAAACAUUCCAAAACUUUUCUCUUUUUCUUAUUCACUGUUGAACUGUAACUGAAGUUAACAUAUCAAUCUUUUAUUUGUCUAAACAGAAAGUUAUUGGGCUGUAAUCAUGCUGUACAUGUAUUGUAGAUACUGUGUAACUGUCAAGCACAUUACUUGUGUAUGUAUGUGUGAGAGCUGUUAGCACUGGCCUGGUUAUGGCCAUAUCAUGGUUGUUGAACAGUGUAACAUAAAUAAGGACUUGUGAUGUUGGAUGAAAUAUUUUGGCUGGUAAAUUCAUAGUAAUUCUUGCUAAGCCCAGCUCUUAUAUUAUGUACAUACUCGGAUGAAUGUUAUUCACAGAUGUCAAUUGUCUUGUCUUUGGUCUCUUCAUGAUAUAUACUAAGUGUACAUUGUUACUAAUGAGCACUGUUGUGAAAUUGUCUUUGUGAUCUGCUGGUCACUUUUAAAUUUAUAGUCUAAUUUUAUCUGUUGAGCUAAUCGCCCCCACACUGCGUGACAUGAGCUUUAGCACCAUUUACUCCAGUAUUUUUACAUAUUCAGUUACCAGUAUCAGCUAUAAGACCAUGAAGUGUGCAGAUCUGUUUAAAAGAAGCUAGUGAAAACAUGCUUGCAGAGAAAAUGUAUUUAGUAUUGCAUUUAAUAUUAGUGUAUAAGAUUAGUCGCCUUUCACAGCAUAUAUAAACAGGAGUAUUUGAAGUAGAAAGGAUUAUGUCCUCUGCUAUUAUAGCUGGUAGCUGGCCGGACUCCAGUGUAGGUAGUAACCACCGUAAACUGUACUGUCCAAGAUGCUGGUGAUACUAAAUCAUAAAACAAAGAUUGUAUGGUAGGAGUCCAACUAUAAACCCUGAAAACAGUGCUUUUCAGCAUUUGGACUACAGGUUUUAGCAUUUGGUCUUGGUACAGAGAGACUAGUUUUUGACUGGUUGUACAUGUAAACCAUUCUCAGCCAGUCACCACAACACUGUAUGACAAGCUUUUGUUCAACAAGGUUUUUCACUUGGCAUUGCUUUUCAUACAUGAAUGUAGUUGUAUUGUAGUAUUUUUUUAAAUUUCCACUAUCCAAGGUUACAUGUAAUUUUUAUUUGUCUGUCAGGACAUCUAUUGAAGAAUAAAACAAAUUAAAUUUU